CUCCCCUAUUUACGCUCAUUUCUGCUUACUGUUCUCUUCCUCUUCCGCCUUCACUCCCCAUAGCACAGCCGCUUUGAGCUCCGACGCCGUUUUUUGGACCUCCGGCUAGAUCCAAACCGCCGGUUCUCUGCGUUCCAGCUUAUUUCAGGUUGAGAAUUGGGUUGUGAAGGUUGAUAAUGGCUGGAGAGAAGAUAUUGGAGAAAUCUGAGGUAGUUGCUCCUUGCUUGAAGUCUGAAUCAAUUACUGAAAUGGCUGAUAAGGAAAUGGUUUCCAGAAAAGAAGGAAAACCAUCUGAUUCAGUAUCUUCCAUUCCAUCUUUGGGGAAUGCUGCCACUGGUGUUAAGGAUGGCAUUGAUCAAGCCACCAUUUCAAAGCCUGGUGUUCCUUAUCCACCUACUGGUGUCUAUGACCAUUACUAUACAGGAUAUAAUGGAACUCUUAAUGAUGAUCAAGGUUAUUUUAAUGCGGGCAUCCAAUCAGAUAAUGGUUCUUACCUCUAUUAUCUUCCCAGCUAUAAUCCUUAUAGUACUGGAUUUAUCGGUUCUGACGGGAAACAGCAACCCUAUACAUCAUCAGGAUAUGUUCAGCAACCGACUGCCGCAUGGUGCUCAACAUAUGGAGGAGAUGUUACGAAUAACAUGGUUCCUAAAACAAGGAAUUUUAAAUCCACAGUUGGCACAAACAGUUCAGCAAAGUCCAAUGGUUUUAACUCUUCAAAAACAAACCAUGGCCUUUCAACAAAAAAUUUGCAUUCGCCUUUGAAUUCUGAAAGUCACCAGUCUACUAAUUCAUCAAACUUUUCUAAGUACUCCAUGCAAAGUCAGCCCAUUAAACAAUUAAACAAGUUUGGUUCGAACUUCCAGUCUGGAGGCCAUAUGAAUGGGUUUCACCCGGUUGGGAAGUUUCCACCAUAUAUCAAUCAAAACCAAGGCUUUAUGCACUAUGGUCCGAUUAAUUAUCAAACAAAUGGCAGAGUCUGGAAUGGUAAUUUUAGGUCCAAAUCCAGAGAGAAUUUCAAUAGGAAUGGAGUAAUAGAUGCCUCGACUGAGCUUACUCGUGGUCCAAGGGCCAAUGGUAAGAGCAAUCCCGCAAAACCGUUGGGUGAAAAUGAGCUGUCAGCAAUGACCAUUCAACGGAGCAAAUAUAACAAAGAAGAUUUUAAGACUCAGUAUGACCAUGCAAAGUUCUAUGUUAUCAAGUCAUUCAGUGAAGAUGACAUUCACAAAUGUGUUAAAUAUGAUGUUUGGUCAAGUACCCCAAAUGGCAACAAGAAAUUAGAUACUGCUUUCUGUGAUGCUGAAAGAAAAGCAAGUGAAACGGGAACAAAAUGUCCAGUCUUCCUCUUCUUUUCUGUAAAUGGAAGUGGGCAGUUUGUGGGUGUGGCAGAGAUGACGGGGAAAGUCGAUUUUAACAAAAAACUGGAUUUUUGGCAGCUUGAUAAAUGGAGUGGGUUCUUCCCAGUGAAGUGGCACAUAGUUAAAGAUGUCCCCAACAAUCGGUUGAGACACAUUAUCCUGGAAAACAAUGAUAAUAGGGCUGUUACAUACAGUCGAGAUACCCAAGAGAUCAGCUUGAAGGAAGGUUUGGAAAUGCUCAACAUAUUUAAGAGUUACUCUGAGAAAUCAUCGCUAGUGGAUGACUUUGACUUCUAUGAGGACCGAGAGAUAUCACUCAAGGCCAAAAGGAGCACUACUACAGAUUCUGAAGCCGGUCUAUUCCAGAACAAUAAUGUCCAUAAUCAAUUCAAAGUAGGAGACAAUAUGAGCUCCGCAGAAGAGCUGCUGAAAUCCAAUGACUUGGACACUGCUGCGUCUUCUCUCAUCAGUCUCACCAAAAACCUCUCUCUAAAUUCACAGCCAUUGGAAAGUAGUAUAUGAAUUGAAGAAAGGCGUAUCUCUAUACAUUGUUUUCUGGACUAUGAUGUUUUUGUUUCGGUUGCUGUGUUCUAAAUAUAGUUUAGCAGUCUUAGGUUGUUGCUAGUUUCUGUCAAACCUCCAGAUAGAAAUGUACUUUGGUUCCUGUUUCUUGUCACAAAGAUUCAGUUGUUUUUUGGUCUUUUUUGCAUUUUGAGUACCCUUUCAUGAGCUUUUCUAUCCUCAUAUCAACACUAUUGUGCAAGCUGGGAAAGCUAAGACUGCCUCUUUCUGAUAUUUAGUAUUUCUUGGAUAUAUUGAAGUGGUUUUUAAUCGUUUUAA